AUGCCUCUGUCAAUGAUGGAACCACUUAGCCGACCGCCUUCACGUGACCUCACACCAACACGGCGUCUGUCUCGCGAAGAAACAUAUCACCUGGCCGACACUGCACGCAGAAAGUCGUCGGACAAGCAGGUCCGAGAGGAUCUGCGACUGAAACUCAGCCAUGACCACCUACUAGAAUUACUUCUCCAGGACAUCGCGCGAACAGAGCGAGAACGCCAAACAUCACCCACAGACGAGAAGUACCUGAUGCCGCAAGAGAGAAAACGGUCGUCGUCGUCGGACGACGCGCAGAGGUCGACGGACGCGGAGAUGGAACUGGUUGACGACUACGGGUUUCCGCUGGAUCCGGAGGAUGGGGAGGAAGACCUGGGCGGGUUGGCGUUGACGAGGACGGAAUCGCGAAGGCCCGUGAGAUGA